AUGUCUUUUAUAGAAAAACAAUUUCAAUUUAACAUAAAAAAUAAAAGAAAGUACAAAGAAAUCAAUAUAAAUUUUUUAACAAGAAUAAUAUAUUUUCUAGGAAUAUUACUUCGUAUUAUAAUAUAUUACUAUGGAUCAUGGCAAGAUAAUAAUUUAAAUGUUAAAUUUACAGAUAUUGAUUAUUAUGUUUUUUCUGAUGCAGCAAAAUAUGUAUUAAGUAACAGAUCUCCUUAUGAAAGAUAUACCUAUAGAUAUACUCCAAUAUUAGCAUACUUAAUGCUACCAAAUUUUUUCAUUCAUUUUUCUUUUGGAAAAAUUUUGUUUUCAUCAAUAGAUUUUCUUGUUAGUAUUCUUAUAGUUAAAAUUAUAAAAAUUAAAUAUCCUGACUGUAAAAAUUAUAUAUAUUAUGUUUCAUUAUGGAUUUUAAAUCCUUUUGUUAUUGUUAUUUCUAUUAGAGGUAAUGCUGAUUGUAUACCUUGCUUAUUAGUUCUAAUAACAGUAUUUUUUAUUUACCAAAAAAAAAUUUUUUUAUCUUCUAUUUUUUAUGGAUUGGCUGUUAAUUUUAAAAUAUAUCCAAUUAUUUAUUCUCUUCCUUUAAUGCUAUAUUUAAAUAAGAACUAUUUACCUAGAGAAAAAGUUUUCUAUUUAAAAAAAAAAAACGAUUCGUUGUUAAAUUACAUAAUAAAUGUAUUUUAUAUUAUAUUUCAGUUCUUUGUUGAAUUAUUUAAAUUAAACUAUAAUCAAUUAGUAUUUUCUUUAUGCAGCUUAUUCACUUUUUUAAUUUUAAAUAUAAUUUUUUAUACAAUAUAUGGAUAUGAAUUUUUAUAUGAGUCUUAUAUUUAUCAUCUAGUUAGACGUGAUCAUAGGCAUAAUUUUUCCCUUUUUUUCUAUAUAAUGUAUUUAAGUAUUGAAAAAAGCUCAAGGAUCAUACCCCUAAUAACAUUUUUACCUCAAACGAUUUUAAUAGGUAUACUCGGCAUGAAAUAUGCAAAAACAAAUUUGGAUUUAUCCAUGUUUUUACAAACAGUAGUUUUCAUUGCUAUGAAUAAAGUUUGCACAUCUCAGUAUUUUAUAUGGUGUAUUCCAUUUAUACCAAUUAUACUUUGUUCCAUAACUUUAGAUAGGAAAAAUAUUAUUAUUAUUACUUUUGCAAUCGUUUUGUUUACGUUGACAAAGAGUCAUUGGUUGCUAUGGGCAUAUUAUCUUGAAUUUAAAGGAUAUAAUUCAUUUUUGCAAUUAUUUUGUUCAUCUAUUUUAUUUAUUAUAUCUGAAAUGACUCUAUGCUGGGUUUUUAUGUAUGUGCAUCAUAAGGAGCAGAAGAUAAAAAAAAAUUAA